AUGUCAGGGGCCGAGCAUCUGAAAGAUGAAGGCACUAAACGACAGGUCGUGCUGGCCGGCGGGAUCGCCGGACUGAUCUCGCGGUUCUGCAUUGCGCCGCUGGAUGUCGUCAAGAUCCGACUGCAACUGCAGAUACACUCAUUGUCAGACCCGAUCUCACACCAAGGGGUCAAUGGUCCAAUUUAUAAGGGGACGCUGUCCACAAUGCGGGCAAUUGUGAAGCAAGAAGGAAUCACCGGUCUUUGGAAGGGCAACAUCCCAGCCGAGAUGAUGUAUGUCUGCUACGGUGCCAUCCAAUUUACCGCAUAUCGAGGAACAACACAGGCCCUGGCUCAACUCGGCCCCUACCGACCCCCUUCAUCCGCCGAAUCCUUCAUAUCCGGUGCUGUAGCAGGUGGAUGUGCCACAGGAGCAACAUACCCGCUGGAUCUCCUCCGCACACGAUUUGCGGCACAGGGCUCAGACCGUGUAUACAGCUCAUUGCGGGCUUCGGUGAUGGAUAUUGCGCGACAGGAGGGCAUGCCAGGGUUCUUCCGGGGCUGCUCCGCCGCUAUUGCGCAAGUCGUGCCAUACAUGGGCCUCUUUUUCACGACAUAUGAAGCGCUCAGACCAGCCAUGGCCACGUUGGAUGUCUUACCAUUUGGUACUGGGGAUGCUGCUGCCGGUGUGUUUGCCAGUGUAUUGGCCAAGACCGGUGUGUUUCCGCUCGAUCUGGUCCGCAAGCGCUUGCAGGUACAAGGGCCGACAAGGACACGAUAUGUCCAUCGCAAUAUUCCCGAAUACAAGGGGGUUAUCCAGAGCAUUGCGUUGAUUCUGCGCACGCAGGGCGUCCGGGGGUUAUACCGUGGGUUAACAGUGAGUUUACUCAAGGCGGCGCCGGCGAGUGCAGUGACCAUGUGGACUUAUGAGCGCGCAUUGAGUGCUCUUGAAAACCUGGAGGUUGCAACCGCCACCUGA